UCUCGCGGAGUGCAGAGCGCACAGUUUACACACGCACAAGCGCACGCGCGCGCACAGACACACGCGCUCUUUGGUCAUGGCAGUGUGAGCGCGAGAGUCGCUGGACCGCUGUCUGUAGCUCGCGCGCGCUCCGGGGGAACGUCUGCGGCUUCGUCUGGACGCAAAAUGUGGAUUUACAGGAAUAUCAUCACGUGCGCGUGCGUGCUCGCGCUCGCCGAGCAUGCUGUCGCCAUCAGUAAGCUCUUUGGGGACCUGGAGCCGGUGAGGAUGACGUCAGAGGGUUCGGACUGUCGCUGUAAGUGUAUGAUGCGGCCGCUGAGCGCGGAGGCGUGUGCGAGGCUUCGGGAGGGGACGCUGCGAGUGGACGACUUCUACGCUGUGGAAACGGUCAGCUCAGGUUCAGACUGCAAAUGUUCCUGUACAGCCCCGCCCUCAUCCCUCAACCCCUGCGAGAAUGAGUGGAGGAUGGAGAAACUGAAGAAACAAGCACCUGAACUGCUGAAGCUGCAGUCUAUGGUGGACCUGCUGGAGGGGACGUUGUACAGUAUGGAUCUGAUGAAGGUCCACGCGUACAUGAAUAAAGUGGUGGCCCAGAUGAACACACUGGAGGAGACGAUAAAGACGAACCUGAGCAGAGAGAAUGACUUUGUUCGAGACAGCGUAAUGAAUCUGUCCAAUCAGCUGAAGAAGUAUGAGAACUACUCUGACAUCAUGGUCAGCAUUAAGAAAGAAAUAUCCAGUCUGGGACUUCAGCUCCUGCAGAAAGAUGCUGCUGCAGAGAAUAAAGCCCAGGUCACAGAAAAGAAGCCUAAGGAGGCGGUGAAACCCCCCAAUAAAAAACCCCCGGUGGCCAAAGCUCCGCCUAAACAAGCCAAAGAGAAACCGGUUAAACCCAAGAAGGAGCCGCCAGCUAAAGCGGUCAAACCGGCAAAGCCUGACCCCACUGCCAAGGCCAAGACUUUGGGUCACCAGCCAGGGGUCAUCAGAGGAAUCACCUACUACAAAGCGGCCAGGACGGACGACACUGAUGGAGAUGCAGGGAGAGGAGAUAGAGAAAGCUUGGCCAAAACCCACACCGUCCACCAAAUCGAGGACAGACGGGGUUCCGAGCUUGUCCUGGAAUCCAUUGAGGGCACCACGUCCCCCGUGCCAACGACAACAACCACCACCACAGCUGUUGCUAUGAGAACGACAACCACAACAACAGCUGCCUCUCAAAAAACGACAAGAGCUGAGGAGCUUUUCACGACGAGCUCCACCGAGGUCACUCCAGCGGCCAUCACACUCACACCGGGACUGAAAAGCAAGGACAUCGGUGGAAAGAUCAACGCUAACAAAGCAGGGAAAUCCCUGGAGUGUGAGGGCACCAUCGCUUCAGUGGAGAUGCCGCAGAAGCACCACAGCUAUGGCCGUAACGAAGGGGCCUGGAUGAAGGACCCUCUCGCCAAGGACAACAAGAUCUUCGUCACCAACUAUUACUAUGGCAACAACCUGGUGGAGUUCCGCAACCUGGAGAAUUUCAAGCAAGGUCGCUGGACUAACCUCUACAAGCUCCCAUACAACUGGAUAGGAACCGGUCAUGUGGUCUACAACGGCGCAUUCUACUACAACCGAGCCUUCACCAAGAACAUCAUCAAAUAUGACCUUCGGAUGCGCUACGUAGCAGCCUGGACCCUCUUGCACGACGUGGUCUACGAGGACACCACUCCGUGGAAAUGGCGAGGCCAUUCUGACAUCGACUUCGCUGUGGACGAGAGCGGCCUGUGGGUGAUCUAUCCGGCGCUGGACUACGACUACUCACAGAACGAGGUGAUCGUCAUCAGCAAGCUGGACCCGGGAGACCUGUCCAUGAAGAAGGAGACCACGUGGAGGACGGGCCUGAAGCGCAACUCAUACGGGAACUGCUUCAUCGUGUGCGGGGUUCUUUACGCCGUUGACAACUACAAUCAGAAAGAGGGCGAGAUUUCGUACGCCUACGAUACGCACACCAACACCGAUGCCACGCCCAGACUGCCGUUCACUAAUGAGUACGCCUUCGUCACCCAGGUGGACUACAACCCUAAAGACAAGUUGCUCUAUGCUUGGGACAAUGGCCACCAGGUCACCUACAACAUCCACUUCGUGGACCAGUGAGGUCCUGAUUCCAUCCAGUCACUUUCUUUCAGGACAGGACAUGAAAUCGGACUAUUUGUAGGAGGGAAAUGUACAACGAAAGAAACUUUUGACCUUAAAAGGAGAUUCAAACCACGUUGUGAUGUUUGUGUGGAGCUUGUUUUUGAACUGUAACUUUUGCCUUAAUUCGAAAAAUUCAAGGGCUGCAUAGCUGAUGAGAAUAAGCUCAGCUUCAGGUUAACACUUUAAUAUGGUUUAUAUCGGAAAUCAUGCAUUUUUGUGAUAAUCGAGUCUUAAAAAUGACCAAAGAGGAAGAGUAACAUCUUGUUAUAAGGUUUAAAACGUAAAAUCCAGUAGACGUCUUUAUUACGAAUGACAGUAUUAUGCACCUUUAUGAACUCUUUAACUUUUUAUUCCCUUUUUAUUAAGCCAAAAAUUGUUGUGAAUGUUAUUUUUUCACAAACUCACUCAACACCAAUACCGUAUAAAACGUUUGUGGUGCUUAUAUAAACGGGGUGUAAUGGUCUAUGUAAAUUCCUCAUUUAUACUUAGCUAUUAAUUUUGUAAAAUAUUAAUUUUGCAUUGUAAAUAUUUUCAGAAUCUGUUACUGAGUUAUUUGUUACAUCGAUAAGGAUAUAACGUUGUGUGUUUGAUGUGGUUUAAAGCAUUACUUAAACUCCUGGAUGAGUUUUAUUACAUCUGCCGUUUUUGUCUAUGAGGAAAAUGUUCCACGUUUUCUGCACAACAGCUGAAAUAAACGGUCACUCCAUUACCACA